AUGGUGCUUUUAGCGGGGCCUAAAGCUGACGGCCUCUACGUGGCGAACUUGCAGUCCGCGGCCUCGGAUCCCAUCUGCACCUUCCUGGAUCCGCCCCUGCACCUCCGAGCGGAGCUGCGCUGCGACUCCGACGUGGUGCCCGCGGUGGUGACGUUGAGUUGGAGGCUCCCGAACAUGGAGUGGCUUCGGCCGGUGGCGCAGGCCACGCACGCGCCGCAGGGCUCGGACAUGAUGCGCGGGGGCCCAGCGGAGAUGCUUGCAGUCUCGACGAUGGCGGUGGCAGUGGCCACAGGCCAGUCUGACUGGUGGCACUCCGAAUUGGUCGGCUGUGGAAGUCAGCCCUUCUGGACGGGUGGAUGUGGCGAGCAGAUUGUGGGCGCUACAGAGCACUCGUUUAGACAGAUGAAUGCGGCACAAGCAUCGUGGAGCAUGAUGGCUACGCGGAGGACUGCGCCGGCGUGGAUUCAAAGGCUUGGAGCUUUCUUUCAUGAGAUGAGGAGCCAGCAGACGGCAUGGCCUCCUUCGCCGAUGGGAUCUCGAUCCGCCUACAAGAUCUGUGCAAAGCUCUCGUGGCUCACCGGAUGGGGGUCGCCAGUGCUUUUGAGCCCCGAGCAGCAGGACCAGCUUCGGAGGAUGGAGCAAAGGGCCCCACUCCUUUAUGGGCCACCUCGGGCCGAACGACCGGCUGAGGGCAACGGCAGCUCAGGUGGGAGCACCUAUGAAGCUUUGCAAGAGGAGGUUAAGAGACAGCUGCGAGGAGUGGUUUCUCAGCUGGAAGCCUCUAGGAGGGAGGCGCAAGAUCUACGGGAGGAAGUGGAGUUUCUACGUGCUGCACGUGAGCAGAGCAAUGCCAAUCAGCGUUUGGAGGACCAAGGUUGUGCCUACCGUUAUGGGGACGAGUGCGAGCAUGGGACAGCAUGUAGCAACCGCGCCUUCAGCGCCGACGCCACCGAAUCUGGCAGCAAUGACCUCAGGGGCGAUGGCAGGCUUUUGGAGGGACUUGAGAAGGUCAUCAAGGGUGGAAAGCCAGAGGAGCAAGGCGGUGGAUAUUGGCUGUACCUCAUAGAGCAUGUUAUGAGCGAUCUUUCAACCUCGAGUGCAGAGUGGUGGAGUGUGGUUGUUAAGGCGAAAUGGAGCCGCCUGGACCGCAGAGGAUCAACCAUUCUGCUGGGAGCCACCCCUGAGGAUAUCAAGAAGGCAGUGCUUUGGAGAAAGGCCAGCUUCUUCGGAGAGGGCCUAGGCCCCGGCAGCUUCGACUCCGAUGUCGCCUUCGUCAACGGGAAAGGGGGCAAGGACCUCAGCAAGGCGGAGCGACGUGACCGAUGCUAUGAGUGUGGCGCAAAGGGUCAGAUGGCUGCGGCGUGUCCAACGAACAAGGAGGUGCAGCAGAAGGUGCUUCCCAGCCGGCGCCGCAUCGACUACGACCGCGAUGUGCAAGGGGUGCCAGUGGGGCAGUUGAUCGAGGACGCUCAGAAGCUGAUGCAGGCCUUCAUGGAGCAGAAGACGCAGCCCAUGGUGCAAGCGCUCAGGGUGGACGAGGACCAAACUGGGGCCAUGGACAAUGUCAGCGUGACCUUAGCAGGCGAAAACCGGGUACAGAUGGAACAAAACAAGUUGGCGCAGCUGAAGGACCAUGUUCAGGACUAUGUCACUUCCGGUGCGUACGAGAUGGAUAUGAAGAAGGGGUGGGACCUCAACGACGACAAGAUCUACGGGGUUUUGUUGUGGAUGGCAAAGGUCCUCAACGAGAACGUCAUGCUUUACAAGAUGGUGUGGUUGUGGCUUUGUGCGGAGACUGCCCAUGGCGAUCAGGCCGAAGGAGCCGCAGGGCAUCAGGUUGGUUUCUGCAUGGAGUACCCCGAGGACCCCCGCAACUAUAUGACUGAGGCAGAGCAUCGCAGCAGGUGCGUUUCAGCGUGGAGGACGGAGUUCAUGAAGGAGUUCACCAAGGAGACCAACCUCUCCAAGUGCCAGUUCGAGCAAGGUGCGUUGGGACACAUGUUCCGGAGGCCUACCUGCUGUUUGAGCAACUUGGGCAUGGGGAUACAAGGGCUCAAAGACCAGAGGACCUAUGUUGCGGCCGACACAAAGGACACCGACCAGUCAGUUUGGCCGCAUGGUUUUCGAAUCACCUUGGCGGACGCGAUCCACGAAUGGAAGAGUGGUGAGAGCCCCGUGGUAGUGAAGAAGGCCAUGACGAAGAAGGAGUUAGAAGAGUGGAAGGCUCACGUCGAGCGAGGGCAUUGGCCUUACAGACGUGAUUGCUCAGUCUGCUUGGCAGCUUCGGGAACGGGGAGACCGGGGAGACCAGCGAGGAGAGUAGUCCACAGGGAUGCUUACGUGAUGAGCCUGGACAUUGCUGGCCCGUUUGCGGACAAAGGGAAGGAUGAAGUCAGAGGAAGAAAGUAUCGGUUUGUGCUUGCGGCGACUUACCUUUACCCGAAAGUGCGAGAGGUACCAGAGGAUGCUCCCAUUCCGAAUGAGGAGGAGGCGGAGGAGUUUCUCAGGGAAGAAGAGGAGGAGGAAUGGAAAAAGAAGGUCGCCGACCUGAACAAGCGGUUUUGCAUUCCACUUGAAAGGCACACUGGCAAGGAGGCCAGAGAGUGCAGGGUCAAGCCAGUUCGCAAAUGGUGCCGUGAUCGGGACAUCUACCAGACAUACACGGAGGGACUCGCACCUACCCAAAAUGCGGUGGCAGAGAGUCAUGGGAAGUGGCUCAAGAGCAAGGCGCGGGUGCACCUCAAUGAGAUGGAGUUGGACAAGGAGUUCUGGCCAUGCGCUAUGAAGCACGCUUGUUUCCAGCACAAUGCGAGACAGAUGGGGACCAAGGUUUCGGGUGUCAAGUUCGGCUCCGUUGUUUGGAUGAAGUCCAAGAAGGAUAGAGGGCCGUUUGAUCCGAGGUGGGAGCGUGGCAAGUACAUGGGUCCAGCUGAUGAUGUUCGUGAGGGUCAUGUUGUUCGAUUGGAUGAUGGCCUAUGGCUCCGUACGCUGCACAUGAGAACUGUGAGGGACGAUGAGGCAGAGUUCGAGGUUGAGGAGCAUAUUGUGGACCUCAUCGAGCCUACGAGGCGUGUGCGGGGGAAGACCAAGUUGCGUGAUCCAGAGUUGCGAGCUAUUCGCAAGCAAGAAAGGAGCGUGAUAGUGAAGGAGCUGUUGGAGUCCAAGAUUUGGGAUUCGCCUCAGGCCAAAGUGGAGCGACCUCAGAUGAGAGAAGGUGAAGUCUGGGAUGGUGCUGCGUAUAUAAACCUGGGUGCUUAUCAGCAUGGUGGGAUUACAAGCAUCACAAAGGCGACUGAGAAGUUCAACAAGGAGGCGGUUUUGGCUGCUAGGCUCCUGACGCUUGACCACCCGGGGGAGGACGGGGACCGAAUCGUGGUGGUAGGUUACGCGGUGAGCAAGUGGGAGAAGCUACACCAGUUUCAGUAUGAUGAUCUGGAAGAAAUGGGCUUCAUUCUACCAGAACGUGAACCAGUGGUGAAAAUGAUGAACGUUGGCGAAGGGGAAGGCCACCUACGCCCCCGAUUCCGGAAGCAGAUCCGGAGGCGCAAGUUUUCUGGGACCUGGGUCGUCAAGCGAGUCUACGCUUCCAAGGUCAGAGGGAGCAUUUACGAGAAAGGGGCGGUGAACGCCUGGCUCUCGGAGUUUGUGGAGGAAGAGCGGAAGAUCAAGGCAAGGCAAGCUGAGCGAGGGGAGUAUGCCACCCAACGGGAGCGACAGUUGUUCUACAAGCUCGAUGACGCUAUCGACUACAUGAACGAGAUCCUGUGCUUGAGUCAUCAAGCAAGAGAGCAGGCGACUAUGAUGAAGUUGGUACAGGAAAGCGAGACAACUCCCGAGGUGGAAGAGAUGCUCCAGGCCUUGGUCGCGCCGAUUGACACUGUGCAUGGUGUAGAGCUACAGGAGGUCAAGCGCCACUUGACGGAGUGGCGGGAGGGUAUCCAGAAGGAGAUCGAAGUUCUCGAAACAUCCGGCACACUUCGUCGCAUACCGUUGCCGGAAGCCAAGCGCCUCGCGGGGAGGCUUUGCAGCGUGGCGGAUGACGAAGCAACCUACGGUGUUGAGGAAGUAUCUCCAGAGGACUCCGGAAAGUCAAGGCGCGCCAUUUUCUGGUUUGAGACCAAUGAGGGCCGCAUCAAGGUGGUGCACACUGCAGGCGAAGUGCAGGCUGCGGACAUGGCCGGUCGCGAGGCUGACGAGGAGGAGGUGAUCGUUCGCAGUCUACGUGGCGGGGAUUACUACGAUCUCCUGAAUAUGAUGGCGUGGAUGAUGAUGGUGUCGAGGAUUCCAGGUGCCAAGGCUACAGGUAUUUAUCACAAGAAGCCUUUGGACUACGAUGGCAGUGUGGAGUUCUACGUGCUCUUGUUGGUGGGUGGAAUAGCUCUGCUGGCAGUGUGGGAGGCUUUGAAGUGGUUGGCCCAGAGAUGCUUCGGCGAGGAUGAAGCUACCGUGGCAAAGGCGCUGCCGGCGGAGCUGGCCUCGGGAAACUACGUCACCGCGCCCGAGGCCGCGCUGGAAGCGGACUUCCGGAUGGAUGAGACCUGGCAGUGCACCUACAAGGAGGCCCUGCCGGCCGCCAUUGCCGUCUUCUCGGUGCGCUUGGGGACAACGUACAAGUGGUCACCUUGGUCGGAGGACAGCCCUGCUCUCUCCGUGGAGGUGUCGGGGGCCCAUGCUGACGGGGACCAGGACCCCUACGUGGAGAUCUCGGACUUGACGGACUCCCAGGCCCAGGCUGUCUGGAGGCCCUUCGCCACCGAGGCGGGCCGCCGGCUGCUCGCGGCUUUCUUCG